AUUCAUAUGUAAAUCAGGCGUCAUAUAUAGUCCCCCUCCAUUGCCAGCGCUACCAAGAACCCAGGUCCGCUGGCCGAGCCAUCUGUCUCCCCAGUGAGGAGCUCCAACGUCAUUUUUGGGGGGCUACAAACGACGGUUGUCAGGGUUCUCGUCUCAUUUUGUGGCAGGAAUGGCCCCCACCCGCAAGCACACAGCGAGUGACCGCUGCCCGGGAGGACUUAAGUCUGACAGAAAGGCUUUCAUAAUAACUCGACUGUGAUUCCAGAUGAGGAAACCUCUGGUGGAGAAGAAACGACGAGCUCGUAUUAACGACAGCUUACACGAACUCAGGGCUCUCAUGGCGGAUACAGAGAGCCACUCAAAGAUGGAGAACGCCGAAGUACUGGAGAUGACGGUCAAACGGGUGGAGAGCAUCCUGCAGAACCGGGCUCAAGAGUUGGCUGCUGUCAACCGAGAGGCGUGCGAGCGUUUCGCAGCCGGUUACAUCCAGUGCAUGCACGACGUGCACACUUUUGUGUCCAGCUGCCCGACGAUGGACCCCACGGUGGCCGCCGAGCUGCUCAACCACCUCCUGGAGAGCAUGCCCCUGCACGGCCAAGACCGGCUCAGGGCCACGCUCUUAGAUGCAGACCCCCACCCCGGACCCUGGUGUCCAGCGGCCCCAGGCUUGCUGGUGUCGCCGGCCCCCUCCGCCUGCACCUCCGGCGACGACCUCUGCUCGGACCUUGACGACACCGACUUGGAGCAAAGUCAGGUCUCGUCUUCAGAGGAGUCCGAACAGAGUCAGGUUUCUUCGUCUGAGGAGUCGGAGGUGCAGGACGCACCGGGCUGUGUGUCCUUAAAUGGCUCCAAAUCAAUUUGGAGACCCUGGUAGACUAAAGAGUUUCUAUUACACGAUUCAGUGUUUUAAAGCAGGGGUGUCAAACUCAGUUUCAUGGCUGGCCACAUCGUAGUUGUGGUUUAUGACGGUGAAAACCUUAUAAAUGUAUAAUCACCUUAACAUAUUAUUACAUGUCCUUAACCUACUAGCAUAACUGCAUAAGUCAUCUUUUUACGUUUUCAUCCAGUUGCCUUGAUUCAACAUUUGCGGCACAACAUUACAAUGACCUGCUUGACUAACAAUCUACACAGACAUAAAGAAGAUAUUUUUUGCAGUCAUUUUGGUAUAUAUGUAUAUUUUUAUAUUGUGACAGUAAGUUAAAAAUGACUAAGGCAAUUAUGCUAUUAGGCUAGCGAUAUACACAACUGGCCCUGCAUUUUUAUAUAUAUGUUUUAACAACAAAUUGAAUUUGGAAUCAGAAGUCUUGGAAAAUAGUGACAAAGCAAAGUAUAGAAUAUAUAAGUAUACAACUAUUGUAACAAUAAUUAUUGUAAUUUAUGUAAAGAAGGGAUUUGGUUAGAAAAAUGCCUUUAAUGUCUGUCAAAAAUGAAGAAAAAAUGCAAUUUUGGUACCAAGGCAUGCUCAUUUGUAUAGUACCCUCCAUACUCAAGACAAUUUCAUACAGCCUUAAAAAAAAACUUACGUUGAUAAACCCCAACAUAAAAGCAGGAGCAAUGAAAAUGUAAACACUUAAUGACAAAAUCCCAAAUAAAAAGCUAGAUGGUGAAAUAAUAUUUUUGAUUUAUGAAAAAUCACCAGUGAACAAUCAUGUUUUCGGGCCAGAUUUAAAUGUUGCAACAUUUUGAUCAGAGCUCAGCUGUUCAGGAAGUUUGUAGCAACACAAUGCUGCUUCACUUUGGCUCUGCUUUUGGAAACUUUCAAUAAGCCUGCACCAAACCACGUCAGUGGUCUCGAAGACUCCUUGGGAACUAAAAGACAAAAGAACGAAUCCAUUUUGCCAGAAACUCAAACUGUACCCAUAUUGUUUGCUGUAAUGGACCACCAACAAAUGAUGUGACGGGCCAGAUCUGACCCCCAGGCCUUGAGUUUGACACCUGUGUUUUAAAGCUACGUCUCAAUGUGUGUCAUAUGUAAAGCAGUAGUAAUUGUUUUAAAAAGCAAAUAAGUGAUCUGUAAGGUCACAUUUUGGACGCUUACAGCCUCAUAUAGGAGGCAAAUGUUGUAUAUAUUUACUUGUUAAACAUGAGCUGUAUAGAGCAGUGUUUCCCCAACCUUUAUUGAGCCAAAGCACAUAUUUUAAAUUGGAAAAAUGUCACAAAAUGUAUAAACAGCAGUACCUUGACUUAUGAGUGACCAGACUUUGGAGUCUUUCGUGAUAUGAGCGGUCACUCAGCCAAGUAAAAAAAAAAAAAAAAAAAAAAAAUUGCAUUAUGAGCACUAGAUGGUUACAGCGAAAUUCAUAACAAGCAGCAGAUAGCGAAUAAAUCUUCAAAAAAGAAGUUGAAAUUUACUUUCAAAGAGAAUUACACGUGUAUUUAAAACCACGUUACUUGGCCUUAGGAAGGUUUGCUAGUUGAUGCUAACAUAUAAUGGGAAACGCCAUAGAAGGCUAACAAAACUAGCAUUGAUAGUUAUAAACCUUUGCGGUAGUUGUAAACCUUUAAACAACUUAUUUUAGAUAACAAAUGGGAGCAACACACGUAGGAAGACUAAUAAUACUCACAGGCAUAUAUUCUUUAUCCUUUGCGAAAAACGACUAACAUUAUUGCAGUUUAGAUGCGACAAUCUGAGUCGAUGUGCAGCAAAAUUGAUGCAUGAAAUCAUGAUGCACAAACUGUUUAAUUCUUUUCAUUCUAUUUAAUUAUGUUAUUACUGUAUGUUUUUAUGCAGUACAUUACAGUAGAGUGUGAUUUUUCUUAUUAAAAAACAUUGCAAAAAUAUUUGUCUGUGCUUUUGGACGGCUGGAACGGCUUAACAGGGUUGGUUACAAUUACAAGUUACCCUGUUGAAAAUGUUAAUGUAUAACUAUUUCAAUUCCUUUCUCCAAGUAAUAACUAAAUUACAUUAGAUUACAUUUUGAUUAAUUAAUUAUCUGAGUGCGAAUGGUUGUUUAUAUGUGCCCUGCGAUUGGCUGGCGACCAGUUCAGGGUGUACCCCGCCUCUUGCCCAGAGUCAGCUGGGAUAGGCUCCAGCACGCCCUAGUGAGGAUAAGGGGUACGGAAAAUGAAUGAAUGUAUGAAUAAUUUUGAAUUCAUUAUUUUGAUUCAUUAAUUUUGAAUUAAGUCCAUAUUUGUUCUUUACACAGAUAAACGUGAAAUGUAAAUACAUAACAAAGCUCAUCUGUGAAAUGAAGUGCAGAUACAUAACAAAAAUGUAUUUGUUGCAUUAUAUGUGUACAGCUGCAGAAAAGCAUAAUACCAUACAAUGCUGACCUAAUGACAAAUGUGCACAAUUUAGACAAUAUAUCUUCAUAUGACAAUCAAGAUAAGUGAAAGUUCCAUAAAAAAGUCAAAAAUUAUAAUGAUGAAAUGUUCUUUUCUGUGUUCAAAAGUGUAACGAUGAGUCUUAUCCCAAAAUCUCAGACAAACUAAUAGAUCCCACCACAAGGUGGCACUUAGAGGUCGUAUUUGGAAAAACAUGUCAUGUUUGAGGCUACAGCAGAAUGGCACAGGACAGGGAGAGAGCCAAUCACAAGCGUCGGCUUUAGAAAGAGGAAAUGAUAUGAAAAUAAAACUUGAGCUUUUGCAGCUAUUUUUCAAAUGUAACUAAAGUUGUAAUUAUGGAAAUUUCCACAAGCAACUGUAAUUGAAUUACAGAUUUUCUCAGAGUAAUGUAAUGGAUUUUAAUUACAUACAUUUAGUAAUUAAAUUACAAUCAAGUUAGAUGUAAGUAGUUACUCCCCAACACUGCGGAUUAAUGACAUUUCCAUUCAUUUCAAUGGCAAAAGAUGUUUUGAGUCACGAGCAUGGUCAUGGUCUCGUAAGUCAAGGUACCACUGUAUACUGAAAUAUGAAUUAUGUACCUUCUGCCAUUUAGUGGGAGAGCGUGUAAUUGUUCUGCCUGCCACAAAUCACGAUACGUCACUGACAUAGAUGAACAAAGAUACAUUAUCCCAUACAGUGGUUGGGAAUCACGACUACAGAAGAUUAGAAGCACAUUGUCAGAUUUGUGUAAAUUAUUUCUCCCUUUGUAGUGCUUUUAACAUAUUUAUAUGCAUCACAUGACAACAGGGAACUUUUUCAAUAAACGGCUUUGCGACA